GGACAGGUGGGGGCAAUCAUGGUGCCGCUGGGGAGGGGAGAAGCUGCCGCUGCCGCCGUUGCCGGGAGCCGCGGAGAAAGGCCAUUACCUUUUCAUUUCUCACAAUUGGGCUGAGCAGAAGUGAACCAUGGGGGAACACAGUCCAGACGACAACAUCAUCUUCUUUAAGGGAGAGGAAGAUGACCUAACCCCGCAUGACAAGAUGCUCAGGUUUGUGGAUGACAACGGACUGGUGCCUUCCUCAUCUGGAACUGUUUAUGAUAGGACCACUGUUCUUAUAGAACAGGACCCUGGCACUUUGGAGGAUGACGAAGACGAUGGACAGUGUGGAGAACACUUGCCUUUUCUGGUGGAAGGUGAAGAGGGCUUCCUAAUAGAUCAGGAGGCAAUGUCCCAGGGUUACGUACAACACAUCAUCUCCCCAGACCAGAUUCAUUUGACUAUAAACCCUGGUUCCACGCCCAUGCCAAGAAACAUUGAAGGUGCAACUCUUACUCUGCAGUCGGAAUGUCCAGAAACAAAACGGAAAGAAGUAAAGCGGUACCAGUGCACCUUUGAGGGAUGCCCUCGCACCUACAGCACAGCGGGCAACCUCCGCACCCACCAGAAGACUCACCGAGGAGAGUACACCUUCGUCUGUAAUCAGGAGGGCUGUGGCAAGGCCUUCCUCACCUCCUACAGCCUCAGGAUCCAUGUGCGAGUGCACACAAAGGAGAAGCCAUUCGAGUGUGACGUGCAGGGGUGUGAGAAGGCAUUCAACACACUGUACAGGUUGAAAGCACAUCAGAGGCUUCACACAGGGAAAACGUUUAACUGUGAAUCUCAAGGCUGCAGCAAAUACUUCACCACACUCAGUGAUCUGCGGAAGCACAUUCGAACCCAUACAGGAGAAAAGCCAUUUCGAUGUGAUCACGACGGCUGUGGAAAAGCGUUUGCAGCAAGCCACCACCUUAAAACUCACGUCCGUACGCACACUGGCGAAAGACCCUUCUUCUGCCCCAGUAACGGCUGUGAGAAGACAUUUAGCACUCAGUACAGUCUCAAAAGUCACAUGAAAGGUCACGAUAACAAAGGCACCACAUACAGUACACUUCCACAGCACAACGGAUCAGAGGAUACAAAUCACUCGCUUUAUCUGAGUGAGUUGGGCCUUCUGUCCACAGAUUCUGAAUUGCAAGAAAAUUCCAGUUCGACACAGGACCAGGACCUCAGCACAAUUUCACCAGCAAUCAUCUUUGAAUCAAUGUUCCAGAAUUCCGACGACUCUGCAAUUCAGGAUGACCCUCUGCAGACAGCUGCCUUGAUUGACAGUUUUAAUGGUGAUGCAGAGUCUGUCAGUGAUGUCCCACCGCCUGCAGGAAAUUCCACAUCUUUAUCUCUUCCACUCGUACUGCAGCCUGGCAUCUCCGAGCCACCCCAGCCUCUGCUACCAGCCCCAGCUCCGUCCGCACCUCCACCUGCUCCCUCCCUAGGACCCAGUUCCCAGCCAGCUGCAUUUGGCAGCCCCCCUGCUCUCUUACAACCUCCAGAAGUGCCUGUUCCCCACAGCACACAGUUUGCUGCUAAUCAUCAAGAGUUUCUUCCGCACCCCCAGGCGCCACCCCAGACCAUCGUACCAGGACUUUCUGUUGUUGCCGGGGCUCCUGCAUCAGCGGCAACAGUGACAUCAACCAUGGCAGCACCAGCCCCACCACAAAGUACUACUGAGCCCCUGCCUGCUAUGGUCCAGACUCUGCCCCUGGGUGCCAACUCUGUCCUAACUAAUAAUCCCACCAUAACCAUCACCCCAACUCCUAACACGGCAAUCCUGCAGUCCAGCCUGGUCAUGGGAGAGCAGAACUUACAGUGGAUAUUGAACGGUGCCACCAGUUCACCACAAAACCAAGAACAAAUUCAGCAAGCAUCGAAAGUGGAGCAGGUGUACUUCACCACCGCAGUACCAGUAGCCAGUAGCACAGGGAGCUCUGUUCAGCAGAUUGGCCUCAGUGUUCCUGUGAUCAUCAUCAAACAAGAGGAGGCCUGUCAGUGUCAGUGUGCGUGCCGGGACUCUGCGAAGGAGCGGGCGGCCGGCCGGAGAAAGGGAUGUUCUUCUCCACCCCCUCCAGAGCCGAACCCCCAGCCUCCUGAUGGGCCCAGCCUGCAACUGCCACCCUAGACUUCUCCCUCAUCCCUGCCCCCCCUCAUCCUCCUUCACCGGACCCUCUUCCUGUGAGCAAAGCAGACAGGCUGGGGCUCCUCAGACCCUUCGAAAUGUUAAGUGCCAUGGAUGUAUCAGAGUUCCUGUCCCUCCAGAGCCUGGACACCCGGUCCAGUCCGGUUCACAGUGAAGCACUACUGCAGGGGUAGAGGAAAGAGCCUGGCCGGCAGCUUCUCCAGGGGAAGGGCCUGUGCGCACCCCUCCAGGAACAGGGUGAGCAGGAAGUACCAGGUGUGAUGCUGCCAUCAUGGGGUCAGAAAUUGGAAGGAUGAAGAAAUCUACCAUCUGAAAGCCUCCCCUUUCAGACGUAUUUUCUUUACUCAUAUACCAGGAACAUCCAUUUUAAGGAACUGAUCUUUGGAGGAAAAAACAAAAACAAAAAAAACCAAAAAACAAAAAAAAAGAAAAAAAAAGAAAAAAGAAAAAAGGAAAAAAAAAGCUAAGUUAUAAGUGAACUGUCUGGCUGCACUGUAUGUCACUUUUGCUUAUUGUUAUGUGAACUUGGAAAUUAAGGUUACUUGUAUGCAUAAAAGUUCUAAAUGAAAGGGUGUGGUUUCCAUCAAUUUGGUACUGCCCAUCAUUUGCACUGGGGUCAUUGUGGAUUGGGCAGGAGAGUUCACUGUGCUGGGUGUUGCUCCUCUUCUGUGUCUUUUUAAUCUGAGGCAACACCUGAAGGGUCAGGCCACCGCUCUGUGAAAGCGGGUAAGGCAGUUGAGAACUGUGAGUUAGACAGGGCGAGUUGCUUCGUUGUUGGCACUUGGUUUCUGUGGAGCUUGGAGUAGAUGCAGACGGGUCUGCCGUGUAUCCUGCUCAGUCCUAGUGGGCAGCUGCAGGCCUCCUGGCCAUAGUGAAGAUGUGGUUCUGCAGGGCCCUGAGGCGGUUGUUGACCACUCUGUUGCUGAUGUGCUAGAGCUGUCUAUAGCACAGCACGGCCUUGCUUGGCUCUUUCCAUCUCUCAGUGCUUGUCAGUGCUUGAGGCUUGGAGCCCAUCUCCUAAGGAAGUGCCCGAUUUUAUCCUAAGGUGAAUGAGAGGUUUAUGGCCAGUGGCUGCCAGGGUCUGCCUGCCUUCGAUGAUGUUUGUUUCCUCAGAACAGAAGGGCUGCUUUUCCAGAGAAGGUACAGAUCUAAGGGAGUUGGAUGAGGCAGUAGGUGGUCGGCAGGCAUUCUGGUACCCAGUUCUUCUGGUACCCAGUUCUAGCCAGGCUUUGGUCAUCCUCUCCCAUCUGCAUCUCUCACGUCUCUUAGAUUUGCAUAUAGCCUCAUACAGUGCAAAGGAAGAUUGUGAUCUCUCAACAAAAAGGAAUAAAAACCUAAAAUGAUGAUAUUCUACUCAGGGUAAAACAAAAAGUUCCCCUUCCACCAAAAAGCCUGAAGCUUGCAGUCAGUUUACCUCAUUUGGAAUGUUUCGUUGUGUUACAGGAUUUUUUUUUUUAUUAGUGUAUAGAAUUAUACCCAUCCCCUUGCCUUUGGCUCCAGGUUAUUGCCUCCUCAAACAUAAUCUAUAGGAGAAUGGGGGUGUGGCUGCCCGUUUGCUAUUUACUGUGGCCAUUGGUGCUUAGCAAGCUCAGAAGGUAGCUGGGUCUAGGGACUGGAGGAGGCCUCUGCCUCCUGCAAGGAGCAGGAUCCGGUGCCCAAACAGGACAGCCAGAGAGCUGUAUAGGUUGCCCUCCUGCAGUCUGGGCAUUUCCUCAGAGCCAGCUAGAAUGGUGACUCUUGUCUUCAGGCAAGAUAUUUAGGGACAGUUGGCCAAGAGGGUCAUGGGAGCAGUAUUGAGGAGAAAUGGCACAGGUACAAGCAGCUGAUCUCCCAUUCCAGGAUUGGACCAGGAGUGUGAAUUUCUGAUGUUCUACACUCCUCCUCCCCCCACAAAGGUUGAUGGGUUUGGGCAACCAUAGACCUCUGCAGAAAUCUGCAAGGUAGGAAGAGCCCUCUGUUGGCACAGUGGUUAGUCCUUCUGGGGAACCAGCUGCUUGCGUGUAGGGUUGUCCUUGGCUGUCUCUAGGACUUGCACUCACAGGAAGCUUUGCACUUGGGCCCUCACUCUUUUCUUUAUAACUUCUGAGGAGAGCAGUGAAUGGGACCCCAAAGUAAGCUUGUAUCAAGGGACAGUAAUGGCCCUCCCACUUACUCUGCCCAUGAUGACCUGGGAGUCUGGUUUGCUGGGAGCUGACAUAGGAAACAGGAGCCUAGGGAGGAUGUAUAGAAGCUUUUAAUGGUUUAAAUAUGGCUUCUUGGUUAGCUAGGGCACUUAAUGGUCCAUUCCUAGGUCACUGGGGAGGUGAAAAAGCAGUUGAACAGUGUUGAGGCUGAAAUGUUUCUAGGUGAUGGAGUUAGUGGCUUUAGAACACGAGACUCUCAGAUCCAAAGAGCUUUUGGAAAGUGAGGGCUUUGCUUGCAGUCCAUGGCUGUUGAGAGCCAGUGUGUGAAACAGGGUAGACAGAUACUUCUGCCAUGGUGUACCAGCAGUCCUUCCCCCAUCCUUCCACAAGCCCAGCCUCUAAUUCCAAGGACCUUGGAGAAGAGGGAGCCUCCUGGCUAAACUAGAGCCAGAAAGACCAUUCAUGGAGAGAGUGGUUUCUCCAGGGAAUGACUUUAGGGUAAGGCCAAGAAGAGUGAAUUCUGGCAGGUCGAUUUAAUCCUUUCCUUCCAUGGUAGCCGUCACCACUGUUACCCUGUAGACCAUACUUGGGUUACCACCAGCAUCUCUAGUUUAGCCUCUUCCAAGAGACUAGUCAGCAGCAGGGCUGCUGGGCUUAGGAGGUGGUCAGGUAAUCUUGGUCCCACCACACUGCCUUAUAAAUGUGGUCCUUCCCAGGCAGGUGGGUAAGGCUAAAGGACGAUAGCUCAGUGUCCUUGACAGGGUCUGACCAACCUCAUGGGGCAGCACUAGUUUGGCCACAGGAGUACUGUCAUCUAUUGACUUAGUCCAGUUCAGAAGAUGAUGGUAAUGCCAAGGAGAGGCCUGGAGAUGUGGAGAGCCCUCUAGAUAGAAGGCUUCCUUCCCUUUCAGAGUCUGUAGAUGGGAAAAGGUGGUUUUCCGGGUCAAGGCAGUGGACUGAUGAGGUAAUAGAGGUGCCUGAGGUUUUCCUGAGGCUUUGUAUGAUGCUGAAUGUGUCCAGAGGGACAAAUUUGCAGAACCUCAUAUUGAUAUUUUAAAGAAAUAAUAAAAUAAAAAGCACUUUAGGUUACUUUAUCUUUAACCCAAUUGCUGCAAUUUCUGUUGUGUAUGUAUAUAUACAAAUAUAUACUUUCCACAAAGUUUUAUUUUUUGCUCAGAAUAAAAGUUAAGUUGAGGUGUAAAAUGAAGAGCACUUACUUGGGUGCAAUAUAUGCAUAGCUUGACAGUCGCUAUCCCACGUGGCCCUGGCCUAGCCUGGCCUCAAGCUCCAUCAGCCCUGUGCUGAAGCUGGCCACAGGGAACAAUAUUAGCAUCUCCCCAGCUGCUCAAUCUAUGCAAGCCUUCCCCGUGCGUCCGGGGCGCCCCCCUCAGGCCCUCCGAGGAACUGCUGCAGCUGUUUUCUUCUGACUGUUGAGGCCCCUUUUCUUUUCACUGCUUCUUGGUCCCCCUCCUCUCUUUCCCCUCUUCCCAGGACAAAAUGAUUCCUGAAAGGAAGGGUCAGUUGUUCCUAGGUAGAAACUUGGCACCUUUAGACUUUCAUAUUUGUAAUCACAUCCAUUGAAGGGAAAGGCUUCUCCAGUGUCACUGAGACUAUUGAUUUGUGGAACUGCACUACCAUUGCGCAUCAACAGAUUUUUUUACACCCCCAAUCAGAAAUAUGUUGGAAGGGGCAGGCAGUACAAGCCUCCUCUGUUGGUUCAAAAGCAGGACUUCCAUGCUUCAUCAAAUCCAUUUUCAAAGCCGUUAAUAACCUCCCUCACCAGCUCCCACUUAAUUCUUAAAUUCCCAACUGCAGAGGCAUUUUAAAUAUAUUUCAGCCAAAGCAAGAUUUUCACAGAUGAAGUUUUGCAAGUGGUUUUGCUGUGAUAUAGAUGGGAAGUUAUCCAUCUCUUAUUUGAGGUAGAAGGGGAUGAGGCACAAAACUGGAUUAUACAUAUUUCUGAUUGGUCUGUCUGGUCUGUUUCUUGCAUAUUCUUGGGGCAAAGAUAAAAGGGUCUUGUUCCUGAUGUCCCUGCUCUUGGGGAAGUUGGUCAUUGGCCUGGGCAUUUCUCACUGUUCUGGUGAUAUGAGGGCUUCUCAGUCCACAUUGAAAAUGCAAGUUAAAUUUGGAUCUGUCAAGGUAUAUUAUAGUACAAAUUUUUUCUAGAACUGGCGUUUAAAAACCAUACAAUGCUCCUUGGGUGGUGGCCUACUGGGACAAAAAUAGUUGAUGUCACUUUCUCAACACAAUGCAAUUUCUACUUAUUUUUACAGGAAAUGUUUUCAUAAAACUUUUUUCCACCAAAAUCUAGGGUGUUUAUUGCAAUAUCCUCAUGGCCCUCAAGGUGCCAAGUCAGGGGCUUGCCCAGCCUUGCCUCGGGUGUCCUCAGGCUCCCCAAGGGCUGUUUGAGUCAACAGUCUGCAUCUUUUGUUGUGCUCUGGAGAGAAACUGUCACUGAGGUUGGAGUUCCAGGAAGCUAGUCCCUUUUCCUUCGAACUCCUCCUUGUCCCAGUUUGGGGAAGGUGGCUGGAAAACAGGCUUUUCUGGUUGUUUGGCUCAGAUCUAGCCAGAAAAGGCCACAAACUCUUCUCUUUUCUAACACAAACUAAUCACUGGCCAGUGGUCUUGGUGACGAGUUUUUAAGUCCCAAAUAGUUUUAUUUGAAUUAUGUAAAAGUAUCGAAUUAUUUUAAAUGUAAAACAUGGGAACGGACUUCAACUGAGCGAUAUGAAAACCUUACAGGUUCAGUACUUCCAAAGGAAGAAACCUCCAACUCCCAAAAAGAAUAAAUACGAAUUUGUAUUUUUGAAGAAUGUGAAAUAAUGGUGUUUGCUUAAUUGCUCAUUUUGUAUAAACUUAAUAUUGUACUUUAAAAUAUCUGCUAUGAAGUGAAAAUUUAACUUUUUGGAAUUGAAAAAGCAAUAUUAAAUACUAAUGAAACCUUAAUUAAAUGCUUAUUUAAAUCUGGUA